AUGGCCGCCUCAAUUAGCGGCCGGGAGCCCGACCGAGUCGCCGGGCAGGUAAAAAUAGACGUCUUGCUACUUGGAGAUGUCCCCGUUCAGCCCCUGGCCGAUGCGGUGCAGAAGCUGUUUUCAAAUCUGGCAGAGGUCACCGUGACCGUGGGCGACGUGCCGGGGGCCGCGGCGCUGCUGGCGGAGCACGCCUUCCACCUGGUGUUCCUGCGGCCGGCGUGCGCGGCGGCCGGGGAUCUGGCGGCCCCCGGGUCCCUCAGAUUUGGCAAGAAGAAAAAUACACAUUUUCUGUUUGUUUUUAUAAUCCCUGAAAAUUUUAAAGGUUGUAUUUCAGGGCAUGGAGCUGAUAUUACAAUAACUGAACCACUGACGAUGGAGAAACUUAGUGUUGUGGUAAAAUACUGGGAAACCUAUUUCUCAACUACUGUGAAGAGGGAGAAUCCCGUGACGGCGGGAGAGCCCCGGCCGCCCCCGCGAGAGCCCUGCACCGAAGGCCUGGGGUGCUUUUCCGCUGAUCUGUUUGCUUGUUCUGACUCUCUAAGAAACGACAUUGGACUUGAAUUAAAGGCUCCGUUGUCUGAUUUUGAAAGAAGCAAAAGGAUUUCUCUUCUUCAUUCAAGCAAGGAAAAGCUGAGAAGGGAGCGCAUCAAGCACAGCUGUGAGCAGCUGCGCGCCCUGGUGCCGGGUGGCAAGGGCAGGAAGAACGACGCGGCGUCCGUCCUGGAGGCCGCCGUGGAGCACGUGCAGCGGGUCCGGGACAGAAUCCCUCCGGCCGUCCUGGGCCAGAUUGCGGAGGCACUCCAGCGCAACGCCAGGUUCUGCAAGAAGCAAGCGCCCUUCCAGCUGCCCCUGCCCAGUGCGGCCGCCACGCCAAGGGAAAACAGUGUAUCGGCCAGCGUGCACCCACCUGGGAGAGGAAUCAGCUUCCUGGCGAACAGGUGCCUGAGUCUGUGCCCCGCCCCUGCCUCCGGGGGCCCCUCAGAUGGCGCCGUGAGAGGUCCUCCCAGCUCCGCCCCGGAGACAGCGGCCGGGCACAGGCACCAAGGCUGCGCUCCCAGCCCAGCGCUGCCCCUUAGCUCCUCCCACGCCAUCAGGUACUGUCCCACAGUCGUCCCCUGCUGGGGCGCGGCGGCCGGCACCAGUCACAGUGUCUGGGGGUCCCUGCCGUCGCCCGGGCCUGGAGCCCCCAAGGGCCUCCCUCCGCACUGCAGCUCCGCGCAGGGCCAGGCGCGCACGACGCGGCCCGACUGCCUGGUAAGUCUUCGGGGCUCCUGGACCUGCCCGGGCUCUGUCCCUCCAACCAGCAAGGCCCCUGACGUGCGUGUUGCUGCGAAUGCCCUGGUCAGAAACCCCGUAGGCGUGGGACCGGGCGCAGUCAGCCCGGGCCUCCAGCCCGCGUUCCCAGCGGUGGUGUCGAGGUGUCCGGAGCCAGUGAGUCUGGACGCGGCUCAGCUGGUGGGAGCCUCGCGGGGCCUGAGCUCCCGCGUGCCAGGCACCGAGCACGAGGCGGCCAAGACACCCCUAGAGGCGGUGUGGUGCCCGGAGGAGGAUGUGCGCUCGGAGCCUGGCAGGACCCUGGCUCCUAGUUGCUGCGGGAUCCGCACGCCCCUCCCCGAGGGCGGGCUGUAG